UGGCAUACAACAGAGCACAGCGGCGGCGGACCUAUCUCCACUUUUAGACCCAUUAAAAAUGUUAAUAUAAUGGAUUUUCUCAGUGAGUGUACUCGGGUCUACCGCUCAUAAUGGACGCCAGCUUGUUGUUGACGGAGAUAGCAGUUAGCCGUUAGCUUACUUUUUUUUGUUUGCUUGGAUCCUGUGUGUAAUUUCUUUUCGUCGCUAGGAGAAUGCUGGAGAGACAAGGAAUGGCUUUGAUGAACGUUGGCUUGGAUAAGGGGACAUUUUUCACAUUAAGAAAAUAACUGUAAAGAGUCAGUUUGAGCUGCGCUUCCACCAGAAGUUUCCUCUCGGUGGGACUGCUGUUGGCAGCCGGGUUUCGUGCUCGGGCAACGGGAACACCGACACCCCCGAGGAGACUGCUCGGCUGUCUGGCUCCAGUCGUGGCCUGGCUCCGGGCACUCCCAGCUUAUCCGCUAGCAUCGGAUCACGGACGACAAGAAUAAAACAAGACAGCAGGGGGACUUCUUUUGUUUAUAUCCGUGGCGCUGGAUAUUUCUAAACAUUUAUUUAGGAUAAGCAAUUCAAUAUCCUUCAGACGGCGUCUUCCAAAACAAUGGCGUCUUAUGUGGAUAACAGCUUUCGGCAGGCUGUGAUGAUGAAUCCGGCUGAAAGGACGCAACAGGACCUGGAGAUCGUGUACUCGUAUCUCCACGGGAUGGAGGCCUUGUCCAACCUGCGAGAGCACCAGCUGAGGAUAAUGUGUGAGACGGUGCGUUAUGAGCGACAUGAGGCCAAUGAAGUGCUAUACUACCCUGACGACGUCGGAAGCUGCUGGUACAUCCUGUUGUCCGGCUCCGUCUUCAUCAAGGAGUCCAUGUUCCUGCCCAGAAGCAGGUAGGAUCGUCGGCCAUUUUGCUUCAGGACGCUGUUUGUUGUUGAUCUUGGCUCUAACAUGCGAGCAGCUUCCUUCUUUAAAAGCCUCUUUACAACAGUCACAUCGGGAGGUACAAACUAAUCCAAUCAGUGCCAAGAGAGAGACCGUUUA